AUGGAACAAGCUCAAGUAUUUACAUGUCAGCGUUGUAAGCAUACCCUGAGGGUUGAUGAUACACUCACUGAUCUUGGCUCAACUUCAAUUGAUAUCUUACUAGCACCACUUCCUGAAGAGGUCAUUCGUACAUCAGACUCAUCGACAGUAAACCGACGAUCUGAAACUGUAGAAAUUAAUAGAAAUUCUAAGCAAUCAAAUAACAUCGACCAGAAUGGGAUUUCCGUACCGAGAAAACGAUCAGGAUCAAAGAAUCUUGGAUUAUCUCGAUCUCCAAACAGAGAGAUCAGUACUAAAGAAUCUUUCUUAUUACCAUCAGAAUCUUAUGUAAUGUUAUCUCGUUCGCAAGUAGCACAGCCUCUGAACAACCAAGUAUCACCAGAACAUGGUACUAUAGACACGAACAGCGAUGACAGACAAAGAGCUAGUCUUAGUUAUAGACUUAAAGUCGCCAACCGUCUUUUUGACCUUAUGUCAUCUAGGUCCGAAAUAGAUCAUCCAAUGUGUCAGGAAUGUACUGAUAUGCUUUUGGAUAGUUUGAGCAAACAAUUGAGUGAUGCAUCUCGAGAAAGAGAUUGUUAUAUAGAUUUUUUAAAGAAAAUUAAUGUCGGCAUUAUAAGUGACGCAGAACAAGAGAGUUUGCAAAAAGAAAUUCAAGAGAUACGAUCCAGUGAAUUGGCUGCUAUUAAAACAUUAAAAGAAAUAGAAAGUGAACGUGAUACAUUAAAAAAAGAAUUAGCCGCAUUGGAAGAAGAGACCAGAGAACUUGAUAAGCUCGAGGAAAGUUAUUGGCAGGAAUUCAAUGAUUUUCAUAUUCAACUACAAGCUUUUCAAAAUGAGAGAGAUAGUGUCAAUUUAAAAUAUGAUCAUGAUGCAAAACAAUUGGAAAAACUUCAAAGGACCAAUGUAUAUAAUGACACUUUCUGGAUUAGUCAUGAUGGUCAUUUUGGAACUAUUAACGGGUUUAGACUUGGUCGUUUGCCAGACAUGAUGGUUGAUUGGAAUGAAAUUAACGCAGCCUGGGGACAAACACUCUUAUUACUGGCAACCAUUGCUAACAAACUUAAUUUCACGUUCAAAAAUUAUCGAUUAAUUCCGUUGGGUUCUUUUUCAAAGAUUGAACAUAUUGAUGGUGACAAGAAAUCUAUAUACGAACUGUAUAGCUCAGGAGAUGUAGCGAUAGGAAGACUGUUCUUAUAUCGUCGUUUUGACCACGCAAUGGUUGCCUUUUUAAACUGUUUACAACAGUUGGGUGAUUACGCUGAGAGUCAAGAAUGUAAUUUCAAAUUACCAUAUCGGCGCUCAAAUACACUCUUACAAAUACUAAAUGGAUCUUAG